ACCCACGUAAACCGCCACCACUUUUAUUUUUAAUACAAAACCCCAAAAUUUCACAUAAAUACUCAAAUCUUUUCGAUUAUUAACUCACAAAUUCUUACGUGAUUCUUGUAAUCAUCUUCAUCUUCUUCCCCUUUAAUCAUUUCAACCUUUUCUUCAUGAUUAUCCAGGGUCAUGAGGUGCCAAGUGGAUGGCCUUUCGGGCUCGGUAGUAUGAACACAAGACUUAGUAUACGAGAGUGUGUGGAGGCUGAUACGGGUGCAAGAGAAUCUAACACGUAUCAUGGUCCCUCGUCGAGCUUUUCUUCGUUUUCAUCAUCCAACUUUGACACUGAGUCGACGGCGUCAUUUUUUCAAGACAACAGUGUCUCACUAGGCCGACUGAUUGGAAUCAGACCACGAGAAAAUGGAGCGUUGUACUUUCCAAGACCAGUAUGCAUACCGCAACAGAGAUCCCAACGUUACGAGGAAUCCCCUUACACUGAUCAAACCAACACGUCUCGAGUGAUUUGCGUUCCAAACCUGUUGAACAUGUUAGCCAAGAUGAGCAGAAGUAAAAGUCACUCAAAUCAUUGAAGAAUUAUCAACUACUGGAAUCAGAUGUGUGCAAUUUUCAAUAUCUUGUUAUCUACUUAUCUGAUCAACAGAAAGAGUAGUUGAAGAUUUGGUUGUGUUUGUAUAGCUGAUCCUGACAAAAAUAAAGAUGAAAUCCAUAAUAUGAAUAAUGAAAAUGAUAUGAUGGAACCAAGUUAGUUUCA